GGUAUUUAUAAUGUUUAUUACAGUAAGGUGUAGAUUAACAGAAUAUGGAAACUAGAAACAAAAAUAAAGACAAAUCGAAAACACGGCCUUUGAGUAAAGAUCGAACUGUACCAUCGUCUUCGAGGGACGCUGGUCGAGUGCUUGUGAUCAAAGAUGAACCGGAAUCUCUCAUACCGUGGUACCGGAGGCUAGGGACAUUUCUUUACGACAACGAAAAACGUACAGUAUGCGAAAGAUCACGAUUAUCAGCGACGCCAACUGGUCUUAGCAACACACCGUUGAUCUGGUACAAAGAGAAUGACGAGAAAAGCUAUCAGAAAUAUAUUAAAGCAAUAGACAAUUUACUGUCAGAUAAUACAAGGAAAAGAGCAAACAAAACUGAAUUAGGUCCUUGUGGAAGUCCACCGUACGGAUACGGAGAAAAACCUUGCAUUAUUAUAAGAGUUAAUAAACACGUAGGAUGGUCUGUUAAACCAAUACAUGAAAAUUCAACUUAUUACAAAGAUGUUCCAGCUAACAUAAAGAAAUUAUUAGAAAAUAAACAAGAGAAAUUAUAUUUGACAUGUGAUGGAUUUCAUUCAUACGAUAAAGAGCAUAUUGGUAAAAUAGAGUAUUACCCUAAUCCUCCGGGAAUAGCUGCGGAUGUAUUCCCUUUGGAUAUGUACGGUAGUUCGCCGUUGUUAGCUGUACAGAUAUCUGAAUUCACGUUAGGCAUGUCUAUAGCUAUUGAAUGCAAAAUGUGGUACGAUGGACCAACAUCAUCUCUUCAUUUCCUACUGUACGUCACACCUAAGAACGUAGCAGUGUAAAUAAUAAGCUUACUAAAUUAAAUGAAAAUUGUAAAAAUGAA